AGAACAUCCUUAAAAAUGUUUAAAUUAAAUAAAAAUAUAUCCCUUUUUCUAUUUAUGACUUCAAAUUUUUCAGUAUUUGACGCAACGUCUUUAUCUUCUCUCUGUCUCUCUCCCUCGUCUCUCAAGUGAAGUAAUUUAAUAUUUACAUAAUGGGUGGAAGUGCAAUAGAUAGUCUGAUAGAUGAUGAUUGGGAGCUCCCUUCCCUAUCCAGUGGAGAACGGACUGUCGUUUUAGUUGGUCGUACUGGCAAUGGAAAAAGUGCCACUGGGAAUAGUAUUCUGGGAAGAAAGGCUUUUAAGUCAAGGGCUAGUUCAUCGGGUGUUACUAGUACAUGUGAAUUGCAGAGAACUCAACUCAAAGAUGGCCAGAUCAUUAAUGUUAUUGAUACUCCUGGACUCUUUGAUUUUUCUGCUGAAUUUGAAUUUAUUGGGAAAGAAAUCGUCAAAUGUAUUAAGUUGGCCAAGGAUGGUAUCCAUGCAGUCCUUGUAGUUUUCUCAGUGAGAACCCGUUUUUCUCAAGAAGAAGAAGCCGCACUACGCAGCCUGCAAACUUUAUUUGGAAACAAAAUUAUAGACUAUAUGAUUGUAGUCUUCACCGGUGGGGAUGAACUUGAAGAUAAUGAGGAAACAUUAGAUGACUAUUUGGGUCGUGAUUGUCCAGAUCCUUUAAAGGAUAUUCUUGCAUUGUGUGAAAAUAGACUAGUGCUUUUUGAUAACAAGACUAAGGAUGAAACCAAAAGAGCUAACCAAGUUGGAGAGCUUCUCUGCCUUGUUAACAGGGUCACAGCGCAGAAUGGUGGACAACCAUACACAGAUGAUAUAUUUGCUGAGUUGAAGAAGGGGGCUAUGAAACUUCGUGAUCAACAAGCGGAGGUUGAUUGCCUGAAGGGAUAUUCAAAACGAGAAAUUUCAGAGCUGAAGGAGCAAAUAGAAAGAUCAUAUGAUGCCCAGCUCAAACGAAUUUCUGAGAUGGUUGAGUCAAAGCUCAAAGAGACAACUAGUAGGCUUGAGAAGCAAUUGGCAGAGGAGCAAGCUGCCCGAUUGAAGGCAGAGGAGAAGGCACAAGCAGAGCAAAUGAGGUCAAACGAUGAAAUUUGUAAGCUUAGAGAGAAUCUUGAAAAAGCACAAAGGGAGACCGAGGAGCUUCGAAGGAGAGCUGAAAGUCGGUGUGCUAUUCUUUGACCGGUCUUCAAUCAUUUGUGAGUGCAUUAUGUGCGUUGUAAUGAAGAACACCUAAGAUUGUUAUCUUUGUUGCUCUUUUUCCUACCUUGAUGUCAAUAUGUUCUUACUGCAAAUAUAUGUGAUGUUAUCUAGAAAUUGCCCAA